CGCUGCCCUGGGCAGCUGCCAGUCGAGUCGGACGAAGCGGGGAACGCAAGGACGGACAGACAGACAUCGCCGAGCUGGAACCAUGUGAGAGCUGAUCUAGACAAGUGGAGUAACACAUAGAGGAGCUUUCUCAGAGCCUCACCCCUCUAGGGAUGGAGCAGAGGAGGUCCCAGCUGCGGGCCAUGCAGGCUGACAACUUGUCUGUGGUACUACUCUCGGUGGCCUGGCUGCUGCUAGCUCGUGGGACCACGGGUAUGCCUCAGUUCAGCACUUUCCAUUCUGAGAAUCGUGACUGGACUUUCAACCAUUUGACUGUGCACAGGAGAACUGGUGCUGUGUAUGUGGGGGCCAUCAACCGUGUCUACAAGUUGACAGGCAACCUCACCAUCCAGGUGGCUCACAAGACAGGGCCAGAGGAGGACAACAAGGCCUGCUACCCACCCCUCAUUGUACAGCCCUGCAGUGAGGUGCUCACACUCACCAACAAUGUCAACAAACUACUGAUCAUUGACUACUCUGAGAAUCGGCUGCUUGCCUGUGGCAGUCUCUACCAGGGUGUUUGCAAGCUCCUGCGGCUAGAUGACCUCUUCAUCCUGGUGGAACCAUCCCACAAGAAAGAGCACUACUUGUCCAGUGUCAAUAAGACAGGUACCAUGUAUGGUGUGAUUGUGCGCUCCGAGGGGGAAGAUGGCAAGCUUUUUAUCGGCACUGCUGUAGAUGGCAAGCAGGAUUACUUCCCUACCCUGUCCAGCCGCAAGCUGCCCCGUGACCCUGAGUCUUCAGCCAUGCUGGACUAUGAGCUCCACAGUGAUUUUGUCUCUUCUCUCAUCAAGAUCCCCUCUGACACACUAGCUCUGGUCUCCCACUUUGACAUCUUCUACAUCUAUGGAUUUGCCAGUGGGGGCUUUGUCUACUUUCUCACUGUCCAGCCAGAAACCCCUGAGGGUGUGGCCAUCAACUCAGCUGGAGACCUCUUCUAUACCUCAAGAAUUGUGCGUCUCUGCAAGAAUGACCCCAAGUUCCACUCCUAUGUGUCCCUGCCCUUUGGCUGCACACGUGCUGGGGUGGAGUAUCGCCUCCUGCAGGCAGCUUACCUUGCAAAGCCUGGGGAAGCUCUAGCUCAGGCCUUCAACAUCAGCAGCAAUGAAGAUGUGCUGUUUGCCAUCUUCUCCAAGGGGCAGAAGCAGUACCACCACCCCCCUGAUGACUCUGCCCUCUGUGCCUUCCCCAUCCGGGCCAUCAACUUGCAGAUCAAGGAGAGGUUGCAAUCCUGCUACCAUGGAGAAGGCAACUUGGAGCUCAACUGGCUGCUGGGAAAGGAUGUGCAGUGCACCAAAGCACCAGUCCCCAUUGAUGAUAACUUCUGUGGCCUGGACAUCAACCAGCCUCUGGGAGGCUCCACUCCUGUGGAAGGACUGACCCUGUACACCACCAGCAGGGACCGCCUGACCUCUGUGGCCUCCUAUGUUUACAAUGGCUACAGUGUGGUUUUUGUGGGGACUAAGAGUGGCAAGCUGAAGAAGAUCCGAGCUGAUGGUCCCCCCCAUGGAGGGGUCCAGUAUGAGAUGGUCUCUGUGUUCAAAGAUGGGAGCCCCAUCCUCCGGGACAUGGCCUUUUCUAUCAAUCAGUUCUACCUGUAUGUUAUGUCUGAGAGACAGGUCAUCAGGGUCCCUGUUGAAUCAUGUGAACAGUACACAACUUGUGGAGAAUGUCUAAGCUCAGGAGAUCCUCACUGUGGCUGGUGUGCCCUGCACAACAUGUGCUCCCGAAAGGACAAAUGCCAACGGGCCUGGGAAGCAAAUCGAUUUGCUGCCAGUAUCAACCAGUGCAUGAGCCUUGAGGUACACCCUAGCAGCAUCUCUGUGUCAGAUCACAGCCGGCUGCUCAGCCUGGUUGUCAAUGAUGCCCCCAACCUCUCUGGGGGUAUUGCCUGUGCCUUUGGGAACCUGACUGAGGUGGAGGGGCAGGUGUCUGGCAGCCAAGUCAUCUGCAUCUCACCUGGACCCAAGGAUGUCCCUGUCAUCCCUCUGGAUCAAGACUGGUUUGGCCUAGAGCUGCAGCUGAGAUCCAAGGAGACAGGAAAGAUCUUUGUCAGCACUGAGUUCAAGUUCUAUAACUGCAGUGCCCACCAACUGUGCCUGUCCUGUGUCAACAGCGCCUUCCGCUGUCAUUGGUGCAAGUACCGAAACCUCUGCACACAUGACCCCACCACCUGUUCCUUCCAGGAAGGCAGGAUCAAUGUUUCAGAGGACUGUCCCCAGCUAGUGCCCACGGAGGAGAUUCUGAUCCCAGUCGGGGAAGUGAAACCAAUCACUCUGAAGGCCCGAAACCUGCCCCAACCCCAGUCUGGCCAGCGAGGCUACGAGUGUGUGCUCAGCAUCCAAGGGGCUGUCCACCGAGUCCCUGCCCUGCGCUUCAACAGUUCCAGUGUGCAGUGCCAAAAUAGUUCAUACGAGUAUGAUGGGAUGGACAUCAGCAACCUAGCAGUGGACUUUGCUGUGGUGUGGAAUGGCAAUUUCAUAAUUGACAACCCUCAGGACCUGAAAGUGCAUCUCUACAAGUGUGCAGCCCAGCGGGAGAGCUGUGGUCUCUGCCUCAAGGCUGACCACAAGUUUGAGUGUGGCUGGUGCAGUGGUGAGCGCAGAUGUUCCCUUCAGCAGCACUGCCCCAGCACUUCCAGCCCCUGGCUCGACUGGUCCAGCCACAAUGUCAAGUGCUCCAACCCCCAGAUUACAGAGAUUUUGACAGUAUCAGGACCACCUGAAGGAGGGACUCGUGUGACCAUCCAUGGCGUGAACCUGGGCUUGGACUUCUCUGAGAUCGCUCACCACGUGCAGGUGGCCGGAGUACCCUGCACACCCCUCCCAGGGGAAUACAUCAUCGCUGAGCAGAUCGUCUGCGAGAUGGGCCAUGCCCUUAUGGGCACUACAUCUGGGCCUGUGCGCCUGUGCAUUGGGGAAUGCAAGCCAGAGUUCAUGACCAAGUCCCACCAGCAAUAUACUUUUGUGAAUCCUUCUGUGCUGUCACUCAGCCCCAUCCGGGGACCAGAGUCAGGAGGCACCAUGGUGACCAUCACGGGCCAUUACCUUGGUGCUGGGAGCAGCGUGGCAGUGUACCUGGGCAAUCAGACCUGCGAGUUCUAUGGGAGGUCAAUGAAUGAGAUUGUAUGUGUUUCACCUCCAUCAUCCAAUGGACUAGGACCAGUCCCUGUCUCUGUGAGUGUUGACAGAGCCCGGGUAGAUAGCAGUCUACAGUUUGAGUACAUAGAUGACCCGCGUGUCCAACGUAUUGAGCCGGAGUGGAGCAUCACUAGUGGCCACACACCCCUAACUAUCACAGGCUUCAACUUGGAUGUCAUUCAAGAGCCAAGAAUCCGAGUCAAGUUUAAUGGCAAAGAAUCUGUCAAUGUGUGCACAGUGGUAAACACAACCACCCUCACCUGUCUGGCACCCUCUCUGACCAGUGACUACCGUCCAGGCCUGGACACUGUGGAACGGCCAGAUGAGUUUGGAUUUCUCUUUAACAAUGUCCAGUCCUUACUCAUCUAUAAUGACACCAAGUUCAUCUACUAUCCUAACCCAACAUUUGAACUGCUCAGCCCCACUGGAGUCUUGGAUCAGAAACCAGGUUCACCCAUCAUCCUGAAGGGGAAAAAUCUCUGCCCUCCUGCCUCUGGAGGAGCAAAACUCAACUACACAGUAAUGAUUGGAGAGACGCCCUGUGCAGUCACUGUGUCUGAGACUCAGCUGCUCUGUGAACCUCCCAACCUCACAGGGCAGCACAAGGUCAUGGUUCACGUGGGCGGGAUGGUGUUCUCACCUGGCUCUGUGAGUGUCAUCUCCGACAGCUUGCUGACCUUGCCGGCCAUCAUCAGCAUCGCAGCUGGUGGAAGCCUCCUCCUUAUCAUUGUCAUCAUUGUGCUCAUUGCUUACAAGCGCAAGUCUAGGGAAAAUGACCUCACACUCAAGCGGCUCCAAAUGCAGAUGGACAACCUGGAGUCCAGGGUGGCACUGGAGUGCAAGGAAGCUUUUGCAGAGCUUCAGACAGACAUCAAUGAACUAACCAGUGACCUGGACCGAUCAGGAAUCCCCUACCUGGACUACCGCACCUAUGCCAUGCGAGUCUUGUUUCCAGGCAUUGAGGACCACCCUGUUCUGCGGGAGCUGGAGGUACAGGGAAAUGGACAGCAGCAUGUGGAGAAAGCCCUGAAAGUCUUUGCCCAGCUUAUCAACAACAAGGUGUUCUUGCUGACCUUCAUCCGCACACUGGAAUUGCAGCGCAGCUUCUCCAUGCGUGACCGUGGCAACGUGGCCUCUCUCAUCAUGACAGGCCUCCAGGGCCGCCUGGAAUAUGCCACUGAUGUCCUCAAGCAGCUGCUGUCUGACCUCAUCGACAAGAACCUGGAGAAUAAGAACCACCCCAAGCUUCUUCUCCGCAGGACUGAGUCUGUGGCCGAGAAGAUGCUGACCAACUGGUUUGCUUUUCUUCUACACAAGUUCCUGAAGGAGUGUGCUGGGGAACCACUCUUCAUGCUCUACUGUGCAAUCAAGCAGCAGAUGGAGAAAGGCCCCAUCGACGCUAUCACUGGUGAGGCCCGCUACUCCCUCAGUGAGGACAAGCUCAUCCGGCAGCAGAUCGAGUACAAGACCCUGAUCCUGAACUGUGUCAACCCUGACAACGAGAACAGCCCAGAGAUCCCAGUGAAGGUUCUAAACUGUGACACCAUCACUCAAGUCAAGGAGAAGAUCCUCGAUGCAGUAUAUAAGAAUGUUCCCUACUCCCAGCGGCCAAGGGCCGUGGACAUGGACCUGGAGUGGCGCCAAGGCCGGAUUGCCAGAGUGGUGUUGCAAGACGAAGACAUUACCACCAAGAUAGAAGGUGACUGGAAGCGGCUUAACACACUGAUGCAUUACCAGGUGUCAGACAGGUCAGUGGUAGCGCUGGUCCCCAAGCAGACCUCCUCCUACAACAUUCCUGCCUCUGCCAGCAUCUCCAGGACAUCCAUUAGCAGAUAUGACUCUUCCUUCAGAUACACAGGCAGCCCAGACAGCCUCCGGUCCCGGGUCCCCAUGAUCACUCCAGACCUGGAGAGUGGUGUUAAAGUAUGGCAUCUGGUGAAGAACCAUGACCAUGGUGAUCAGAAGGAGGGUGAUCGGGGCAGCAAAAUGGUAUCUGAGAUCUACUUGACCCGGCUCCUAGCCACCAAGGGCACCCUGCAGAAAUUUGUGGACGACUUGUUUGAGACCUUGUUCAGCACUGUGCACCGGGGUAGUGCUCUUCCCCUAGCCAUCAAGUACAUGUUUGAUUUCCUGGAUGAGCAAGCAGACAGACACAAUAUCCAUGACACAGAUGUGCGGCACACCUGGAAAAGCAACUGCCUCCCUCUUCGCUUCUGGGUGAAUGUCAUCAAGAACCCUCAGUUUGUAUUUGACAUCCACAAGGGCAGCAUCACAGAUGCCUGCCUCUCUGUGGUAGCCCAGACCUUCAUGGACUCCUGCUCCACAUCAGAGCACCGACUGGGCAAGGACUCACCUUCUAAUAAGCUGCUCUAUGCCAAGGAUAUCCCCAGUUACAAGAACUGGGUGGAAAGAUACUAUGCAGAUAUUGCCAAGCUGCCAGCCAUUAGUGACCAAGAUAUGAAUGCCUACCUCGCGGAGCAGUCCCGCCUGCAUGCCACAGAGUUCAAUAUGCUGAGUGCCCUCAACGAGAUCUACUCAUAUGUCAGCAAGUACAGUGAGGAGCUCAUCGGGGCACUAGAGCAGGAUGAGCAGGCCCGGCGGCAGAGACUAGCCUACAAGGUGGAGCAUCUCAUCAACGCCAUGUCCAUUGAGAGCUGAAAGGAGGACAUCCUGUUCCGGAAGAGAAACCAUACAAACUAUCACACUGGUGUCUCAAAAGGAAGGAUGGGAUGAGUGAAAGGUGUCAGGCCCCAGAUCUGGCUGUCCUCUAACACCUCGCUGAGAAGAGAGGGAAAGGUUCCUCUCUCAAUGCCAGCCAUGUUUCAUCACAGCCAAUUCCUUCCAGAAGGACAGUGAACACAGUGUGAGCUCAGGACACCAUGGGCAAGGAGAAGGUGGCCCUUUAAGCUGAGAGGCUUUUGAGCCAGAUGGUUCUGCCUCUGUGACUGCUGCUUUGCAUGAAAACUCAUUUGAUGUAUAUUGGGAAAUAAUGAGAACUUUAUUUAAUUUUUUAAGAAAAAGGGAAAAAACAAAAAUAAAACAAAACAUAAAGCCUC